UUUUUUCUUCGCUUUCUUUCCUUCACCCCUCCCUCUUUCUCGGGCAUCUCGCUGCGGGCGCCCCAGCCCCCUCGCUCGUCAUCCUCCUCCCGCACCGACUGGAUUCCAGUAGCGCAAGCGCCGCCACCGCCACCGCCAGUUGAUCCACCCUUUGAUUCUACCACUCCCGACCGUUUCUCCUCCCAUCACCCCACAAAUCGAUUCUGCCUGUAGCUCCCCAUUUUAUCUCCUUAAUCUCCCCUAAUUCGUGACCGAGGCAAAAAUCAAGGCAGGGCGGCCGCCCUACCUUUGCCUACUGGGUUCUCCGCCCGUGCGGUUAGGAGUCAGGAUGAAGUCCAAGACUAAUAGGGGCAUGCAGAAGGCAGUGCGGGUAGAUCACCUGCAAGGAGGAGGACCGAAUUGGGUUCUUGUUGCUGGAGGAGUUUUGCUAAGCACACUUUCAGUCAAGCUCGGGUGCAAAAUAAAGCAAAUGUUUGAUACGAAGCAGCAGGAUACCACUUCCAAAGCCAAAAGAAGACCUGGAGCAUGUGAAUUGCACUCAAACCUCUGCCGGUUCCGUGACCAAUCAAGCUGCUACUAUUGUAUUUCAGGUGCCUCUUCUGUAUUUGGGCAUUCAGAUGGUGAGGUGGAAGUCAAUCAUGGACCCUCAAGUCCUUUAUCAAAAUCAGCCGAACCGUCGCUUCCACUUGUAAAGAUACCAGGGCCAGAAUCAAGCAAAGACAACAAUGGCGUCAUGUGGAUAUCAUCACCUGACCGGCUUGAAAAUCCUCGUAAACCAUUUCAGUACUCGAACAAUUCUGGCUCUCCAUGUGUAUCAGAAUCAGGGUCUGACAUUUAUAGCAAGAGAGAGGUCAUACAGAAGCUGAGGCUGCACCUCAAGAGACGUGAUGAGAUGAUCAUGGAGAUGCAAGCUCAGAUUGCUGAUCUUAAGAACUCUCUUGCUAUCCAGGAGACACAGUCCUCAAAUAUGCAAUCUCAGCUGGAUGCCGCUAACCGAGAUAUGUUUGAAUCUGAGCGGGAGAUUCAGCAUCUGAGAAAGAUCAUUGCAGAUCAUUGUGUUGCUGAAGCACUUUCUCACGAUAAGCAGUUGCAUGCUGGACAUUGGCAGUCAGAUGCCACCAAUGGCCAUGCUAAUGCCUAUACUGAUAGCAGUGUUGAUGACCCUGAGCUGCAAUUUAUGGGUAUCGAGAAGAAGAAGGGAGAGGUGGAGAGGGUGGAGAUGCUCAAGAGGGAGGUCGGCGAGCUGAAGGAAGUCAUCGGAGGGAAGGACUUCUUGCUUCACAGCUACAAGGAGCAGAAAGUGGAGCUCUGCUCUCAGAUCAGGGAAUUGCAGGGAAAGCUAUCUUUGCAAGUGCACAACAUCUUGUAGGAUUGAUACAUAAUGUUUGGUUGCUAAAGGAGCCCUGCUCCCAUUCACCACUAGUUUGCAAGGGAAAUCUGUCAGCACACAGCCCAAGCAUCCUAGGAUAUUUGCAGAAUGUUAGGUUGAUUGGCUCCUUUCUUUUCGGUCGUAUUGCUGCUAGGUUUUGAUUUGCUUUCGUUCUCUCCAGUUUCCUCCCUUGGUUGAUUAGUGGUAACCCUUUUCAGUUGCCAGACCUAGGAUAGACCUAGACUUUACAUGUUUUCAGUUUGCAGGCACAUCUGCAGCGUUUAUGUUCAUAAGAUUUUGAUUUGACACUGCUGUGGGCGGUUACAUCACAUAUAAUUGAGCUCCUCUUCUUUUCA